CUAAUUCCUUGUUUCUUUCUGCGCGGACUCUAUUAUUCCAAAAUUUCCAAAUACCAAUUUCCAAUUUCGUUUAUAGGUUAUGAGCGUUAUUUACAGUUAUUUAUGCAUAAUCUCCGAUGAUGAGAUAGCGUUUGUGAGAUCUUUUCUGUGGUAUAAUGAUAUCCUGCGUAGUCAACGACUGUUCUUCUACUAAGAAUACGAGAAUAAAGGGCAAUCCGAUUAGAUUCUUUCCUUUCCCGGAGAACGAUCUGUGAGUGAUUCCUCUAUAACGAUCAACGCUCUGGUAUAAUCGUUCAGUUUCUUUGUUGAAUACUGGGAGGAAAAGUCAGUGGCUUCGUAACUGCAAUUUAGCGUCCAGCGAUAAGAAAAUCCGGCACCUUUGCGAGCUUCAUUUUGAGAAGAAUCAAUUUACCACGUCCGGAGACUUGAAGACCACCGCCAUUCCCACAUUUCCCACUCUAUUCGAUAAAGGAGAAUCUUUGAAAGAACAAAAGGCGAAGAAUAUGUCACAGGCAACACCAAUGAAAGUAUCAUUGAAACGAAAGAAAUUAGAUGAACAUUCACCUGCUUUAGUGACACCACCACUGAGUCCAUCCAUGCAAGAGAAUAUCGAAGAUUUGUUUAGCGGAAAUAAAGACACUCAGUCAAUGAAUCAAGUAACAGCUAUAAACGGUUCCACUUUAUCAACUUCUAUGACACAUGGGAAUUCUCAGGCAAAUGCAAAGACAUAUCGUCUGAUAAUACAAAUUGACAAGAUACGAGGCAAACCAGCCCCGAAGUGUAAAAAAAUAAUGCCUUUGAUCAAAUUUAAGAGCACGAUAAACACAGGAACGAACGAAAGUGGUACGGCAAUAAAACAUCGGUCGUUGCGUAUGAAACCCUGUCCUCAGGGUUUGUGCAAAUUGAAGAAAUGUAUGUAUCAAUCAAAACCAGCAUUUCAAUGUGAAGUAUGUGAUAAAUAUUACAUCGUGCAGACAGGAGAAAUCAAGAAUUUCCUUUGCACCAAAUGUAAUAAAACUUUUCCUAAUUCACAAUCUUUACAAGAACAUGUCAAAAAGCAUUUUAAGUGUGAUAUAUGUCAGACAGAAUGUACUAAUCAAUUAGCAUAUGAUAAGCAUGUAAGACUGCACGUUAGUACCGAUCCACAAAAUCCAUACAAAUGUCAUCAGUGUCAUAUGGUAUUCGAUGUGAAGGAUGGUAUUAAGCAGCAUUGUUUGGCAGAACAUCCUAAAAUAUGUGUACAGAACGUCAUUCAGGUUUCUCCUCUACCUCCAAUAGCCCCUAAACAAUAUGAUUAUUUCUGUCUCAGCUGCAAUAUUGGUUUUUCACAAGCAGAAUCUUACAGGAAUCACAUAAAUUCUCAUGCAAAGGAAGAGGGUUUUACAUGUAACAUUACAAACCAAACCAAAAAUAUAAUACCUGUACCGAAUCCUUUAACCGGGAAUCAAAUAGGUAUUCUCCAACCAGUGAAGUUCACUUGUCGGGUGUGCUCGAAACAGUGUGACAACAUUGAUGAAGUUAACAUGCAUACACGGACUCACUUGGAGGAUUCUGGGGAAGAUCUGAAAUGUAACAUAUGUAAGAAGAACUUCAAGGACAGUGUGCAGUUCAGCGAGCACUUAAAGCAUCAUUUGUCACGCGCGUAUCCUUGCCCAAUUUGCUCAAAAGCCUUUAUUAAUAGAACUACUUUGAACAUACACUUAAAGACGCAUUCUGUAUCGGCAUAGUAACACAUAAGUGACACAUUUUAUUUUGACACUUUAUCAUUGAUAUUUCUCCUAAACACUUCUUUAAAAAGUUUUCACAUGUGACAUUACAUAGUGUAGGACACAUUUUAGUAAUUGUAUAACAUUACAUUGUAUAACGUUCAUUGUAUAACUAAAGUUCUGUAGCGUUACACAAUUAUUAAAAUGUAUCCUAUACAAAUUGAUAAGUUCUUUAAACAUUACAUGUCCAAAGUUUUUACAUAUAAUGUUUAAAGAGCUUACCUAUUUUCAUAGGAUACAUUUUAGUAAUUGUAUAACGCUACGGAACUUUAGUAAUGUGAUGCUACGAAAACUUACACACUUGAUGUUUGCUCCUUAUGCCCAAUUUUUUUACCUCUUGAUUACUUUAUCUAUAAUAUAUUUUUUAGAGCAUAUUAUAAUUUCUAUUAAAAUUUUAACAUUUUGUGUCAAAAACUAAUAUUAUGAUAAGCUAUUCGUUAAACAUAUUUCUGAUGAAAAUUUUUUUCAUAAUUUUUAUACAAAUUGAAACAUUUUUCAAAAAUACUUCGAAAUAUUCCAAAAGUCUACAUCUCUCAGAAUUUAUCAUACAUGCAAAUUGUGAAAUAUUCUAAGAUUUCUCAUGUUAUAAAUUUCUUUUAACUAUUAAUUUUUGUAGAUUUUAUAACAUUUUAUUAGAAAUUAUAGAACAAAAAGUUUUAGAAAUUUUAGGAUAUUUUAUAAUAUUCGGAGAAAAGAUAAAUUUUCUGAGUAUUUCUGAAAAAUGUUUCAAUUUGUACAAAAAAUUUGAGAAAGUUAUAAAAUUAUAAAGAAAUUGUGAAAAAUUACAUGAAAAAUUCUGAGAAAAAUUUUCACCAGAGAAAAAUUUAACCAGAGGUUUCAAUGAAGAAAAUGAAUUUUUAGUUAUUUAGUAUCUUUAUCUGGAAGAUAGCUAUCGAGAGGUGUGAAGAAAUCGGGUAUUAGAUAUUAAAUAUGCAAAUAUAAAUUGCUCUACGUGUUCUUUUCAAAUUAUUAGUUUAUGCCUAAGUGACUUUCUUCAUGACAAAAUAAUUUUUAUUUGCUGUUACGCAGCAAAUUUUAUUUGCUGGUACGACGCUUAUUUCAGAAUAUAAUUGAGAUGUAUAAGAUUUUCAGGAAUUUUGAUUUUUAUAGAUUAUUGUAAUAAGUAAAUUUUCUCGAUAGAAUUUUCUUUGUAUGUAAUUACAAGUUUAAAAUAUAAUUUUAAUCUUAAAUUACACUGAUGGAGUACAAAGGUACUCUAUCAAUAUGAUUAAGGAUUAAUUAUGAGAUCAGAAGAAGGAAAAAAUAUACUUCUGUAAAUAUCAAAUUUAUGUGUUAGAGAAAAAUUACAUUUUUUUUUAUUUUUAAUGAUUACAUUUAGUAGCGGCGAAGAGGACAGAGGGGUGAUCUCACUCGUAUGUCGUUUUAGUAAGAACGCAAAUUUUACGGUGCAAUACUAGUUACAAACAAAAAUUUGGAAUUUCAUGUUUAACCCUCAGCUGACACAUUGAAUGUCGUAUACCCAUAAAUCGUUUACUCCUUCCCUUUUAAAUAUUUCGAACAUAUUCAACUUCUCGAUUUUCACACCUAUUUAGUUUUUUUUUAACCUUCUGUCAUAUUGAUUUAAAAAAAAUUCAAAUUCUAUGCAUUAGAUACCAAGAUAUAGACAAUUGAAAAUGGUCGGGUGACGUAUGUACACCCAUGUGUUGCAAAAUAUCGAAUAUAGUAUGCUACUGAGGGUUAAUUAUGUGAUUUCAAUUUAAUUUUUUAAAGAUUUGAUAUGUUGAAGUAAUUUUAACUGAUGUCUGAUUUCAAAUUUAUUUUAAUGGAUGGAUGGAUGGAUUUAUUUUAAGGAUGGCUUAACUGAUUUCAUGAGUGAGUAACUCCUUAUCUUUGCUGCUUGGGCAAAAGAGGAGUAAAUAAAAUUGUAAAACCUCAAAGUCCGCAUUACAAAACGAAACUUAUUUCUACUAUAGCAAAAAGAAAAGAAAUUGAUCUUAAGAUCAAUAAACAUUUGAUAAUUAGUUUAUUAAUGAUUACCAUCAACAGUAUAGUAAAGAAAGCAUAAGAGGCAGGGAAGAGGGAAUGCUUCGGGCGUUAUCUUUCCUUACUACAUCACUGGUUAAUAUUUUUUAACGUGUGCAUGUUGUAUACGUGAAAUAAUAGUUUAGAACAUACAUAGUGUACAUUAUUCUAUUCAAUAAACAAAUAUUAUAUCAUGUCUAAAC